AUGGACAAGGUUGCCAGCGGCUCCGGGCUGCUGGCGAGAAGGCUGAUGCAGACUAUGUUCUCGAUGCCGCAGCGGCCAGCAGCCGUGACAGCAGGCCGUGUGGCGACAGCACUCCGGACAGAAGGGCCACGAGCGCUCUCGGGCACGGCGGUGCGGCGGGAGGACCGGACGAGCUCGUUCGAGAAAGCGCUCUCGGACAGACCGACGACGACGACGACGACGACGACGACGACGGCCACACCUGCGAGCAGCCGCAACCUGAUGGAAGGCCUGGCCGACCUGCUGCCGACGACGCGGACCAGCGGUGAGCAGGCACUCUCGGCGGGGUCGCCACAGGCAGCCAGCCAUGCGCUGGGCAGCGCGCUCGGCGGGCUGAGCGGGCUGAGCGGUUUGAGCGGCGGACUUGACGAUCUCGACCGGAUGAAGCGCGAGGUGGACGACAACAUGGAGGAGUACCACUUUAGCAUCUACAGCCACAAACACAACACGCACGUGACGGUGUCGAAGCCAAACCGCGAUGUGAUCGUGUCGAUGUCGUGCGGCAACCUGGGCUUCCUCAAGGCACAGCGCGGGUCGUACGACGCGGCCUACCAGCUGGGCGCCUACGUCUGCGACUGGCUCUACCAGCGUGGCUGGCACAAGACGAUCCAGCGGCUGGAGGUGACGCUGCGCGGGUUCGGACCUGGGCGCGAGGCCGUCAGCAAGAUCCUGCUCGGCAACGAGGGCCGGCUGCUGCGGAGGAAGAUCACGCGGGUGGCCGAUGCCACGCGGCUCAAGUUUGGAGGCACACGGUCCAAGAAGCCACGGCGCCUGGGCUGA